CGGCAACGUGGGAGACGAAGAAUGCAUUUAACACUCGCUCUUUAAUUUUACUAAAGCUUUAGAGUAUUAAACAACAGAGGUCGUUGAUUUGUUUUCCUUAUUUAGUCAGUGCUGGUGCUCCGAAGGUGUGUGCUGUAAAAAUUAACAAUUAUGCUGUGAAAUCGUGCUUUUUAAGUUAUUUUAUUGAAAUAUUAAGGGAAAAUAUGGGAAAAAUGAUACCUUUUAAAUGGCAGUUUCUAGGAACAGCAGUAUUUUUGCUGACUUACUCGACGACUGUGGUCUUAGCACAAGUUUCUUCCUCUCAAUUACAAAAUCCAUGUACUAACAAAUUAUCAUGUCACGCUUGUAUUCAAACACCUUCUUGUGCUUGGUGCUACGCUCCUAACCUUAGAGAAAGCCCAAGAUGUUUCCAACCCUCAUAUCCGAUACCGUUGAAAGAAGAAUGCCCAGAAGAGUAUGUGUACAAUCCCGAUAAUAUUAUGAGUAUAAUUUCGAAUGCCGAACUGUCGAAAGCUCUUUCGAAAGGCGGCGAAGGAGGAGGUCAAUGGGCAUCAGGAUAUGAGGGAAGCUAUAACUAUAGCUCGCACACUUCCUCUUCUGCUAGUUCCUCGGGAUAUUAUGGAGGCGGAGCGGCUAGUGGGUCUCGAGGAUCAGGAGAUAUUGUUCAGGUGGCACCACAAAGAAUGAAUUUAAAACUAAGAGCAAAACAAUCCUACAGUAUAAACAUGGGCUACACCCAAGCUGAAGACUAUCCAGUCGAUCUGUACUACCUUAUGGAUCUCAGUCGUUCUAUGUACGAUGAUAAGGAAAAACUCUCAUUAUUAGGUGAUAAGUUGGCAACUACUAUGACAAAAAUUACCUCCAAAUUCAGUCUUGGAUUCGGCAGUUUCGUCGAUAAAGUGAAAAUGCCUUAUGUUAGUGUACUGAAAGAAAACUUAGAACAUCCUUGUGAUUUGUGUGAGCCACUAAGCGGGUUUGUGGGAUCACGACCCGACUGCGAAUUGUGUGCCGCCCCUUACGGAUACAAGAACGUCAUGAGGCUGUCACGCGACACCAAUCGUUUUUCACAUAUGGUAAAAAGAGCAUCGGUUUCUGGAAAUUUAGAUGCCCCUGAAGGUGGCUUUGACGCUAUUAUGCAGGCAGUUGUUUGUAGAAAUGAAAUUGGUUGGAGGGAACAAGCUAGAAGACUUCUCGUAUUUUCCACAGAUGCCAGUUUUCACUAUGCUGGUGAUGGAAAGCUUGGCGGUAUUGUAAAACCAAAUGAUGGUCUUUGCCAUUUAGACUAUAACGGUUACUAUGCAGAAUCUUCGAAUCAAGAUUAUCCUAGCAUAGAACAAAUUAAUAUGGUGGUAAAGCAAAAUGCCAUCAACGUAAUAUUUGCAGUAACCAAUCAAACCAUCGCUGUUUACAAGAAACUAGCUGAACAUAUAGAUGGAGCAUCGUAUGCUUCUAUAAACGAAGAUUCUUCAAAUAUUGUUGAAAUUAUUGAAGAGCAGUACAAUAAGAUCUCUUCCUCUGUUGAAAUGAAACAUAAUGCAUCUAGUCAUUUGAGUUUAAAGUUCUUUACUAGGUGUCUUAAUAGUACUGGUUCUUUAGUCAAUACAAAUAAAUGUGGGAACAUUAAGGUUGGAGAUCUAAUUACUUUUAAAAUAGACAUUGAGGUACUUCAGUGCCCCGAAGAUCCCAAAGACUGGACUCAAACAAUUCAAAUUUAUCCCAUUGGUAUUAACGAAAGUUUGGUAAUUGAUCUCGAAAUGUUGUGUUCCUGCGACUGCGAAAGACCCGGCCAUCCAUCCUUUAAAUUUAAUGCCCCAGAGUGCUCUAAUCAUGGUACAUAUAAAUGCGGUAUCUGUGAAUGUGACUAUGGAGCGUUUGGUCGUCAAUGUGAAUGUACACCAGACAGUCUUUCAAAGUUGAACAAAACAAUGGGUUGCAUACAUCCCAACAGCACUUCUCAUUUGGAAUGUUCCGGUAGAGGACAGUGUGUAUGCGGAAGAUGUGAAUGCGAUGUCAGACAACAUGAAAGCGAGAGAAUUUAUGGAGACUUUUGUGAAUGUGACGAUUUUUCAUGUGAAAGGCAUAAUGGUAGACUAUGUAGUGGGCCAGAACAUGGUACUUGCGAUUGUGGACAAUGUGUGUGCAAAGAUGGUUGGACUGGAUCCAACUGCGCUUGUCAAAAAUCUACAGCCAGUUGCUACGCUCCGGGAGUGGAAGAUGGACAAAUUUGUUCUGGACAUGGUACAUGCGAAUGCGGUCAGUGUAAAUGCGAGACAACUGAAGAUGGACGCUAUUCAGGACGGUUCUGUGAAAAAUGUCCUACUUGCUCGGAUAGGUGUCUAGAAUUUAAAGACUGUGUUCAGUGCCAAAUGUAUAAAACUGGACCAUUAAAAGAUGCAGAUGACUGUGCGGCUAACUGUACCAAAUUUGUGCCUAUUUCGGUAGAUGAAGUUCAAGCACCACCCGAGGAAGAAAAUAACGAAUUUUUCUGUGCAUACUACGAUGAAGACGAAUGUCGUUUUAGUUACGUUUACUAUUUUGAUCAGGAAAAUAAGAUCCAGGUUAGAGCCCAAAAAGAAAGGGAAUGUCCUCCAAAAGUGUAUGUUCCUGGUAUAGUAUUGGGUGUUAUAGCAGCUAUCGUUUUAAUCGGUAUGGCCAUAUUACUUCUUUGGAAAUUAUUUACCACGAUUCAUGAUAGACGGGAAUUUGCUCGAUUCGAAAAGGAGAGAAUGAUGGCAAAAUGGGAUACUGGUGAAAAUCCAAUUUAUAGACAAGCUACUUCGACGUUCAAAAAUCCCACUUAUGCAGGAAAGAGUUAGAUCUUUUUUUUUAAUUUAGCAUGUAAAUAUUUAUUAACGUCUGUGUCUUAGCAUCGAGUAUACAACUGCCAUAAACUUAGAUAUACAGUUAAAAAAUAAUACUUAUAAUAUUGUGCCUAAAAAUUUACCAGUGUCUUCAGAUUUUUAUAUAAUAAUUUUAAAUUCUUAUUUAAAAGUUUAACUUGGUUUAAGUAUAUUUAAAAUAAGUAUUUAUAUAAAAUAUUAACGAUUUUAUUAAUAUUUUUAUAAUUGCUAUGUAUUUAAUAAUUUACACAUAUAUACAUGAUUCAUGCAAUUUUAAAUACAUGCGAUUAGUACUUAAGAAGAAUAUCAUAUUUUUCAUAUACAUACAAAGUUCCUUUGUAUUUAUAUUAAGAGUAAAUGUGUUUUACUAAUGCCCUAUGUACAUUUUUUUAAAUUAAAUUUUAGGUCAAAUAUUUUGAGCUUUAAAGCUUUUCGUAAUAAAUUAAUAAAUUGUAAUAUAAUUAUAGGUUAACC